GAGGCCAAGAAACAAGCUCAACUAGAUUAACCUCCAAAACUCUCUCUCACUUCUCACUACCCACCAACAAUGGUGGUUUUAAAGUCCAUUUCACCAUUAUCAUCUCUUCAAACCAAUCUCACUACCCAUUUCUUCAACCUUUCCUCGUCCUCCAAACUCACCUCAUCAUCAUCUUCUUCUUCUCUUCUCUUUCUUGGCCACCAUGUUCACCCCACAAGACGACCCUUUACCACUUCCAAAGUUGCAAGCUUCACUGUCAGAGCUUACAUGGAGAAUCAAAACUCUCUUUCCGCAGGGGAUCCUCUCUAUGUUCUGCUAUGCUGUUGGCUAGCAGCUCUUGGUGCAGGACUUCUCAAAACUGAGGAGAUUUUGAAAGGGGUGGCUAGGCUCCGGAUCUCGAAUGACAUUGAAUUUGAGGAGCAGACUUUCAUGGCCUUGAUGAAUGAGGCAAGAGAGAGACGGGCAAAGAUAAAUGCUGCACCUCCUGCAAUUCCAAUGGAGACUCGAGUUGAGAAGGCUCUUGAUGCUUUUUAUGUGUGUUGCUUUGGAAAAGACCCUAUAGAGGAAGAAGAUGAGAGAUUGUUGAGUUCAAUGCUUAGUGCUGUUUUUCCAUCAGUUAAGCCACAAGAGAUCAAGCGCCUUGUGAAAGACAAGGCAGAGAAAGUAGCAGAAGGAGUUAACGAUGAUUAUGUUACAGAGGCUAAGCCCCUAUCAAAAGAAGCUGUGGAAAUGCAAAUGAAUGACCUUAAGUUCCUUAGACAAAAUAGUGAGACUUAACUAUUGUGAAGCCUAUGAUUUUU